AUGCCUAAAAAAAUAAAUAAAACUCUUUUUUUAACAACUUUUCUGCUCUCACUUAUAUUAUGGAUACCCAAUUACUCGAAUAAGUUAAAUAUCUUUGGAAAAUCUUUUGAAAACAUAUCAAACUCAAAUAAUUCCCUAAAUGCAAGAACUAGCAGAUCCUUAAGGGGAGAAACCCAUGUAAAGAAAUCAAACAGACGUACAUACGCAAAAAAUAUAUAUAGUGAUGACGACAAUAGUUCUUUUGACAAACCAUUAAAUGAAUUAAAACACGACAUAUCAUUUCGAAACAAGCACAACUCGGGAAGACAAUAUAAAAACAGUGAAGGAAAGCUAGAUUCCUUGAACGAUUAUAACAAUUUUAGAAAUGGUGUUGAUAAAUUCAAUUAUGAUAAUGAUGAUGAUUAUUAUUAUAACAGUUCAUAUGCUCCAAAGAAAUAUAGAAAUGAGUUAAAAAAUACAUCUAAUUCAUUCUACUAUGAUGAUGCUUACGAAAGAAAUGCUCAGCGCAAUUCUUUUUACCAUGAUGGAAAGGAUGUCUCUAAUGAUUACGAAAAAUCACAUGAAACAAAAGAAAGCUAUCGUAAUCUAAAAAUAUCUAACAAAAAAAAGAAAAAUAAUAAGGAAAAUAAAAAAUCUUUUGGCUCAAUAAAAAAUGAUCACUAUAACGAAUUAGGAUACGUGUCAAAUGAACAAGAAUCCCUUGAAGCUAUGGUUGCUUUGGCUUCUUCACAGGAAAAACCUAAAUCGGGGUUUAAAGAAUUAUUAAAAAAGUAUGAUCAAAUGUUUGAUGUAGAAUGUUUACGUGCAAUAAAAAGUAAAGCCAUUAGUGAAAGUUCAGAUUUUAAAUAUAAAAAUGCAAAAGGGAAAUUAUCACUUAUUACAAGAAGACUUAUGAUAUAUACACCACCAUUAGUGAACCUACUAUUUAUCAUAUUAUUAUUGAUGAUUACACAAAAUGCUCAAGCCUUUUCUUUUUUUUCCAUGAUAUUCUUAAUUCUUAUGACGUACUAUGGCUACAAAUUUUCUAAAGCUAAAAAAAUUACUAAAACAUUCCAAAAUUUUAUUAGUAAAUAUAAAUUUGAUGUAAAAGCAGAAUUCUAA